AUGACCUUCAUAACGGAAAAACUCGCGCAAAGUCUACUGUUAAAGCGACUUCGAAUGCCGAUUUCAAUCUCCGCCGUCGGAGGCAUCAAAGUCGGCACAUGCCGGCACGCCGCGCAUGUGACGAUUUCGCCGCGAAACGCAUCUACGCCGAGGUUCUCGACGACCGCGUUAAUAUUGAGCACACUAACGUCCUAUUCGCCAAAGCGCGUUCCCGCGGAUUCUGUGCUCAGCCAAUUUCGGGAUCUCUCGUGGGCGGACGAGGAUCCCAUGAGCUCAGAACCAAUAGACAUUCUACUGGGUGCGGAUCUGUAUGGGGACCUCAUUCUGGAGGGAAUUGCUAAAUCGACGGUCGGGCGGCCUAUCGCACAAAACACAGCUCUCGGGUGGGUCAUCUCAGGGCCUACCGCAUAUUCCGGCGCUUCAAUUCAUGCGCAUUCACUGUCGUCCGGAAGCGAUCGAGCCUGCGAUCAAAUUUCUUCCCUGCAUUGCUUCGGUGAUCAGUCGCUCGAUCGAGAGCUUCAAAAAUUCUGGGAAGUUGAGGAAAUCCCUCGACGGGGUUUUAUGAGUCCCGAGGAUGAGAGGUGCGAAGAUCAUUUUCGCGCAACUCACUCUCGUCAGCCGGACGGCCGUUACGUUGUGCGGCUGCCGUUCAAAACAAAUCCGCCGAUAAACAUCGGCGAGUCGCGGUCUCGAGCGAAAAGCUGCCUCGCUCACUUAUUGCGGCGCCUUAAGGCCCGCUCGGAGCACAAGAAAGAAUAUUCGGAAUUCUUACAAAAAUAUCUAACUCUCGGUCACAUGCAGAACGCGGACCAUCUAACUUCACCAAACGCACAGUGCGUUUUUAUCCCUCACCAUCAUGUUAUUCGCGAAGAUAGUGCGACGACUCAUUUGAGAGUCGUAUUCAAUGCCUCGAGCCCGACCACAAACGGGUCUUCUCUAAACGACCACCUGGCUGGUCCCAAACUUCAAAACGAUUUACCCUCCAUAAUUCUAAAGUGGCGACUCUUUCAGUACGUAUACAGGGUGUUAAUUAAAUAG